UCUACCGACCAGCUUUUGUGAAAGGAGAACACUAUCAAUGUUUUUUAAAUAGAAAUUGUUGUUCAAAGGUCACUAAACAGAUUCUUAGAGAAAGGUUUCAGACAAUAUUCCUUUGAUAAAACUAACAGCUACACUUUCAUAACCAUUUCCAAUAUGUCGAAACUACAGUUGAAUGUUUUCGUCACCGAGCGUUUAUCCGCGGCUGCUGUGGAGAUAUUCGGGGUCGUAGAGAAGAUUAUUACGGAGUAUCAGGAAGAAAUCUGCCGUUCAGCAGAGGAGAUCGAGCGUCUACGGAGGCUGUUGGACAUGGCUACCAAACCAGAGAGAAUCUCACACGUAGCAGACUUCCAGGUACUGUCUCCUGCCGUUCCCCCUGAGCAGCAGGAGUGGAACCCCAGUCUAGAGCAGGAGGACCCAGAACCCACACAGAUUAAAGAGGAACAUCAGGAGCACAGACUCAGUCAGGAGGACUCACCUCAGCCCUCACAUCUUUACCAAAACCAAACUGUGGAUGACGGAGAGAGGGGUAUUCUACCUAUCAUCAUAACUGAAGAGAUCAAAACAGAACCUGAUGUAGAGGGCUACAGAGUACCACAACCAACCAGUGAUCAGCCCCUCUCAGUUCAUCCAGACUGCUCUGCUCUAGUGGAGAAGCCAUAUCAGUGUAAACAAUGUGGCAACAGCUUCACACGUAAGGGACACUUGACCAUUCAUUCAAGGACACACACAGGAGAGAACCCCUAUCAGUGCAAACAAUGUGGCAAAAGGUUUAACCAGAAGAGCAACUUGACCAUCCAUACAAGGAUACACACAGGAGAGAAUCCCUAUCAGUGCAAACAAUGUGGCAAAAUGUUUAACCAGAAGGGACACUUGACCAUUCAUUCAAGGAUACAUACAGGGGAGAGACCAUAUCAGUGUAAAGACUGUGACAAAGCAUUUAACCAGAAGAUAGAAUUGACAUUGCAUAUGAGAGCUCAUACAGGAGAGAGACCAUAUAUCUGUCCUGUAUGCAGGAAAGGUUACACCGCAUUAAGCUAUUUAAGACUUCAUCAGCGUGUUCACACAGGGGAGAAACCUUACCAGUGCAAAUAAUGUGACAAAUGCUUUGGUAUUAAAGGAAGCUUGAAGUCUCAUAUGAGCACUCACACAAAAGCUUCAGCCUGAAGUGAGAACAACAAAUUAUUACUCACAUGUGAAUUUCUUGUUACAUCCAACUUGUAAAUAAUUAUUAUAUUUCCUGCCACUUGACAACAAAACAAAUGUAGUUAUGUUAAAGGUUUUGUUUUUUCAAUUUAUGUUUUCAGGUUGGAUGUAUAGCACGUUGGAGGCAGCGAUUUGUGUCACCUCGUUAGUCAGUAUGUGUUACACCUGUGCUGGCCCUUGUGCUAUUUAAGAGUGGCUGGCCCAGUGCUUCUGUUGCCUUGAAAUGUGGACGUUCGGUCAACACCUUUUUAGUUGGCUCUCCCUAUUUCAUUUAUAGAAAAAUGUUCAUUUGUCUGAUCUUCCCUGUAUUUGUUUUGCUCAACUUUUUGGUUUGCUUCCUGUCUUAAGUUUGGUGUGGGUUUUUCUUGUGUUGGCCUCUUCUUGGGCAAAUUUAGUGGGUGCUGUUAGAGGAAAUUAUAGUUAAGAUGAUUAAUUAUGUAUACAUUAUUGAUUAGAACCAUUUUAUUCUAAUACUAUUAUGUUAUGGUAUGAAAAGUAAAAGUUAUUGGUUAAGCUGUUACUGAAAAUAUAAGCAGAACAAAUUAAUUGUCUGUGUCUCUUGGGAAGGUUAAAGGGGAGCGAUGCUAUGGCUUUUCAUACAGAUAAGAAUGUUUUGGUUGGAUUCCAUUAGUGGAGAGAAGUAUAUCUUUUAGACAGGUUGGAAUGUAGUUUUAUGAGGGGAGUAAAACAUCUCUAGGACCGAAUACUACCUAUUGUAAGGAUGGGAGAGGGUGUGAAACUGAUGACGUCAUUUUAUGUUCUCUUUCUUUAAAAUGUAAUGUUCUUUGUAUUUUGGGUCAGUACUCAUCAAGAAUAAAUGCUGAACUUGUU